AUGUCCGCGUCGCCCCCCCAGCCCGCAAACUCGGCCAAGCGCCCCCUCGAGGAGACCUCCUCCCCGUCGCGCAGCAACGACCAACCAGACGCGAAGCGCCCGGCCUUGGACAAGAUUCUCAAGACCGAUGAGGAGGUUGAGAUGGCACAGCCCCCCGAGACCAGUGUCAUCCCUACCACGGAAGCGAACGGCAGCACAGAGAAGACGAACGGCUCCGAUGCCAAGUCCGAGCAGGCCGAUGCCGAGGGCACUGAGACGAAGCCCAUCCAGAGCUCCGUCGCCGGCUCCGUCCCUGCGACCUCUACCCCCUCGGCGAGCCACGACGAGAGAGAUUGGAUCCACAUUCGCGCCGUUAUCUCCAGCCCGGAAGCUGCCACAAUCAUUGGAAAGGGCGGAGAGAAUGUUUCCAAUAUUCGCAAGAUGUCCGGUGCCAAGUGCACCGUGAGCGACUAUCAGAAGGGAGCUGUGGAGCGCAUCUUGACAGUUAGCGGCGUUGUCGACGCUGCUGCAAAGGCCUUCGGACUGAUCAUUCGUACCCUCAACAACGAGCCUCUGGCCGAGCCUUCAAGCGCCCAGUCAAAGACAUACCCUCUGCGCCUGCUGAUCCCCCAUAUUCUGAUCGGCUCCAUUAUUGGAAAGGGUGGUGCUCGCAUUCGUGAGAUCCAGGAGGCUUCCGGGGCUCGGCUUAAUGCUUCCGACUCCUGCUUGCCUCUGUCUACUGAGCGCUCGCUCGUCGUCAUGGGUGUUGCUGAUGCCGUCCACAUCGCGACCUACUACGUCGGUAGCACGCUCCUCGAGCAGCUGAACGACCGCUUCGGCGGCCCGGCUGCUUCCGCAUACGCAACGAGAAGUGGUGGCCCUGCUGGUGUUGUCCCCGGCGGCAUGCAGGUCGUCCCCUACUGCCCGCAGCCGACCACUGGCAACUACGGUAACCGCGAGAACUACAACCGCAGGCACGAUGCCCGCGCUCAGCACCACGGUCUCCCCGCUGCCCCGUACGGCGCGCAGCCGUACCCUCCUCAUGCGGCUCAGCCGAACCCGGCCAUGCCCAUCCACUACGGCGCGGCGCAGGCCGGUGCCUACGGUGCCGCCGCUCCCAUGCAGCCCCAUGCCGGUGCUGCCGUUCCCCAACCCCAUGGUGCCCACCCAGCUCAGCCCAUGCACGGAGGAGCCAUCGCCGGCGCUCCCUUGACCCAGCAGAUCUACAUCCCCAACGACAUGGUUGGAGCCAUCAUUGGAAAGGGUGGACAGAAGAUCAACGAGAUACGCCAGAUCAGCGGCAGUGUGAUUAAGAUCAACGAGCCUCAAGACAACAGCAACGAACGGCUGGUCACCAUCACCGGAACGGAGGAGUGCAAUCGGAUGGCGCUAUACAUGCUUUAUUCUCGUCUCGGUACGCAAACACGACAGAACUCUGGCAAGGUGGAUCGCAAAUGCUAA